AUGUCUACAGUAAUCGCUGCCCCCUUCCAACAACCUUCGACCUUUGGUUCCCAAUAUCACAACAUGUCAAGCAGCCCUACACAACCUACCGCUCAGCGCAACAACAGACCGCCGCGUACCCGCAACGUCAACAUCCACAAUGACGCUCAGAACACCCAAUCCGACUCGGGGCUUCCCUCGCAAGCUACCACUCCUAGGCCGAAGAAGAACAGACCAAGACAGAACGACAACCGCGCUGCUUCCAACAGUGAUGUCCCCAAGUCCACAAACCACAGGUCCAAGCCCUCUCACAAAUCUCCCACCGCUACUCCUGCGAAACCCGCUGCUUAUGCUGGUCCUACCUUCCACGCUUCUCCUGCCGCCUCAAAUCUGCCAAUGCCCAAGUUUGCUUCCAAGUCAGUACCACCUGUCACAACAAGCAAUUCUCUGCAAGCCAAACUCGAUGCCGAAUCCACAAAGCUCAAUGCUCCUUCGCCGUCAUUCGACAACGCUGCCCCACAACCUCUGGCAAGGGAAAGAUCCCCACUCGACAUUUUCUUCAAUGCCGACAGGCAGGAGCGAGCCGUCAAGAGUUCGCCUUUGGCUCAGAGACGUGCAACGCCGCCGGAAGCAAAGGGCAUGUUUAACCUAGACAUUGACUCUUCUAGCAGCCCUGCUCCCAAUCGUAAUCAGGCCGAACUCGACAGGCAGGCUUAUACCCAAUCGCUGAAGAACUUCUUGAACUUGCAGCCCUCCACCACUUCCCCUGCUCAACCCCGUGCUCAGCCGGACCCUGCUUUCCAGACACCCCAACAGCAGCGCACUCUUGACGCUGACCCUUCUUUGCACUACGGAAAUCGCAGUCUGACACCGCUUUUCCAUGCUGCUCGCACCCCUUCUUCGCCUCAGACCAACAUGAACCUUACUCCCAAGCGCGAGCCUUCUGGUCAUGCGCAGCAGCCUUUUGAUCCCCGUGCCUACCUCGAGUCUCAGUCACCGUUCAUCUCGCGUCCAUACAGUUCUACAGCUUCGCCUCAGCAGCAUCAUUAUCAGCCUCAGCCUUAUCAUAGCCCUGCGCAGUAUACUGGCCCUCACCGACCUCAGCCACCUCCUCCCCAACGUCCAGUCGAACCUGGUCAUUCACCUGAUGUUAAGGGUAUGGAGGCCAAGCUCAAGGGCAUGCUCAAACUUACCUAA